AUGACACAUGAAGACAAAAAAGGAAAAUUUCUACUACCUGACGAUGAGAAUCGUCCAUCAGGAACUAGUACUCCUGUGUUUACAUGGUCACCCUUACCACCAAGAAAACAUUUCAAUAUACCGAAAAAUAAAAAAACUGAAAAUUCAUCUAAAUGUGAGAGCUCAGUGAAACUCUAUCCCAACUGUGAUGUGAAGGUCUGGUUGAGAUCUUGUGAGAAAGAAAUUAUUGAACCAAUUGAAGGAGAACUUACAGGUAAAGUAUUACAUCCAAAAAUAAAUCAAAAUCAUAUAAUAUCAACCAAAUGA